GCCGCACCGCAGUUCGACGGGUAUUGGGUCACCCAGGACAUGGACAAGGUGACAAUCCGGGGCAAGGAGAUCAGCUGGCCCGACGGCACCAUCUGGAUAAUGCGCACGUUCGACAGCCACAUGUUCACCGUGGUGGACGAUGGCGAGACCUACACUGCGCAGCUCGUGUCGGCGGGGGACGCCCUGCAGUGGACAGACGGGGACAGCUGGAUACUGGACGCGGCGCUGUCGCCGAAGGUGAGGCGCGAGGACACCAGCGAGCAGACGGAGGCACCGCUGCCGUCCCGCGACGGCUCUGGCGAGCAGCCAGAGGUGCGGGGCGUCGGCGAGCAGGUUGCGGACCUGCAGAGCGGCAAGUUCGAUCCCGCAUUCGUCGAGUCCGUGAGGAGCCUCCUCAAGGCAAGGUCUGAUAAGCUGCAAAGGAGCGGCGCCAUCGGUAGCACCGACGUGCCUAUGCGAGCGUCCGUGCUCGCUGGGGCGGAAGCCUUCUUGGCGCUGGCCGAGAAGAAGGAAGAGAUGGCGGCCCGAAAGUCUGUAGUGGCCUCGGCCGAGCACUUCAUGAAGUGGUCAGCCACUGACGAGGGGCUGAAGGCCAUGAGGCCCACUGGUGACAAUGGCGUGACCAUCGUCCAGAGAAGGCCAAGCGUCCAGGAGCAGGCCGAGCAUCUGGAGGGCGCCGUGCACGCGUUCAUGUCCUGGGCCCUGCCGGUGGAGCCAGCCACGCAGGAGCAGGGCGAGGGCGGCAAGGCCACGCUGGCCCCAGCAGCCCAGCCAUUUCAGCAGUCCCAGAUGAGCAGUAUGCCCGUCGUGUCCGUUGCCCCUCCAGUAGUCCUGGCCGACCUGGAGCAGGACGAGGGUGGUGAGACCUCGCCGGAGGCCGAUGAACUGAGAGAGAGCCCCCGGAAGAGCCAUGGCCUCUCCCGGCGGAGCUCCCAGAGCUCGCAGUGGGGCGGCAGUGGCGCAAGCGUGACCAGCUCGCAGUGGAGGUUCUUCCAAGAGACGUCGGACAGCCACCUGGUCGCGAGCGUGCGGGACUACAUCAAGGCAGAGGAGACCCAAAGGAGAAGCAUCAGGGCGGAGGAAGCCCGAAGCACUCCCAAGGGCAUCGUCGACGGUGCGAACAGGUCGCGGGACAGCGUGGUGCGCCUGGAGGGGGCGCGCGCCUUCCUGGCGCUCGCCGAUUGCGAGAGCGAGGACGACGCACGGACCAAGGGAGCGGGCGGGGAGACCCUCGCCUCCGCGAGGCGGUUCGUGGAGUGGGUCGCCACCGAGCAGGGGGUGCAGGAGGUGUACGUGAACAGGAUGGGCUUCAGGGGGCCCGCUGUCCGCCAGCAGACCCGCGAGAGCUUCGAGGGUGCCGCCCACGCCUUCCUUGAGUGGGCAGCAGAGAUGGAGGACACCAUGGCGGCCGAGGGGUUGAGCCCCUCCGGCAAGGGCGCCGAGGCUGCCGACGAGAACGUGGAGGAGGCUCUGAAGGAGCUCAUGGCACCAGCAGUCCAGUCAUUUGAGCAGUCAAGGAUGAGCAGUCCAACCGUCAUGACCAUGGCCCCACGAGUCAUCGCUGUGCAGGAGCAGCCGCAUCCCGAGCCAGCGGUUCAGGUGGCCAAGCUGGCAGAUGCCCUGAAGGGCUUCCUGAAGCUGUCCAGUGGAGAGCAAGGCGAACAGAUCACAGACGUCGACGGGCGCCCCCUCGACGGCGACAGCGCUUUGGCGAAGGGAGCGCACGCGUUGUUGUCGCUGUUCGAGGGCGAGGCAUCAGAGGCAAAGCCUGACUCGGAAAAGGUCCUUGCGGCUGGUGCCUUCCUGUCUUGGGCGACGCAGGGCGAGGCGAAGGUUCUCAAGGGCGGCUCGCCCAUCACUGUUUGCGGCGAGGAGACCGGGUUCAGUCUGACCGAUGCGGCGCGGGCCUUCGCCGAGUGGGCAGCUGACAAGUCCUCGGACAAGCCUGUGUUCGCUGAGUCGCUCGCUCUGGCCAUGGAGACGGCCGCCGAGGAGCAGAGGCGUUUAGAGGAGCAGAAGUCUGCCAAGCCAGCUCAGGUGGUAAACCUGGCAGAUGCCCUGAAGGGCUUCCUGAAGCUGUCCAGAGGAGAGCAAGGCGAAGAGGUCACAGACGUCGACGGGCGCCCUCUCGACGGCGACAGCGCUUUGGCGAAGGGAGCGCACGCGUUGUUGUCGCUGUUCGAGGGCGAGGCGUCAGAGGCAAAGCCUGACUCGGAAAACGUCCUUGCGGCUGGUGCCUUCCUGUCUUGGGCGACGCAGGGCGAGGCGAAGGUUCUCAAGGGCGGCUCGCCCAUCAUUGUUUGCGGCGAGGAGACCGGGUUCAGUCUGACCGAUGCGGCGCGGGCCUUCGCCGAGUGGGCAGCUGACAAGUCCUCGGACAAGCCUGUGUUCGCUGAGUCGCUCGCUCUGGCCAUGGAGACAGCCGCCGAGGAGCAGAGGCGUUUAGAGGAGCAGAAGUCUGCCAAGCCAGCUCAGGUGGCCAAGCUGGCAGAUGCCCUGAAGGGCUUCCUGAAGCUGUCCAGUGGAGAGCAAGGCGAAGAGGUCACAGACGUCGACGGGCGCCCUCUCGACGGCGACAGCGAAGAGGUCACAGACGUCGACGGGCGCCCUCUCGACGGCGACAGCGCUUUGGCGAAGGGAGCGCACGCGUUGUUGUCGCUGUUCGAGGGCGAGGCAUCAGAGGCAAAGCCUGACUCGGAGAACGUCAUUGCCGCUGGUUCCUUUCUGGUUUGGGCGACGCAGGGCGAGGCGAAGGUUCUCAAGGGCGGCUCGCCCAUCACUGUUUGCGGUGAGGAGACCGGGUUCAGUCUGACCGAUGCGGCGCGGGCCUUCGCCGAGUGGGCAGCUGACAAGUCCUCGGAAAAGCCUGCUUUCGCCGAGUCGCUCGCCCUGGCGAUGGAGACGGCCGCAGAGGAGCAGAGGCGUUUAGAGGAGCAGAAGUCUGCCAAGCCAGUUCAGGUGGCCAACCUGGCAGAUGCACUGAAGGGCUUCCUGAAGCUGUCCAGUGGAGAGCAAGGCGAAAACGUCAUUGCCGCUGGUUCCUUCUUGUAUUGGGCAACGCAGGACGAGGCAAAGGUUCUCAAGGGUGGGUCGCCCAUCACUGUUUGCGGCGAGGAGACCGGUUGCAAUCUGUGCGAUGCGGCUCGGGCCUUCGCCGAGUGGGCAGCUGACAAAUGCCCUGAAGGGCUUCCUGAAGCUGUCCAGUGGAGAGCAAGGCGAGGAGGUCACCGACGUCGACGGAGGCCGUCUGGACGGCGACAGUGCUUUGGCGAAGGGAGCGCACGCGUUGUUGUCGCUGUUCGAGGGCGAGGCGGCCACAGAGGCAAAGCCUGA